AUGGAAGCUCAGCCAAUUAGAUUUACUUCUUCAUUUUAUGGAAUUACGCCAGAGGUACGAUCUAAGGCAGAUAUUCCUACUGCUAUCGCUAUUGAUCCAGUACCUGAAAAUUUGACAUUAAAUCAAACAAAUUUAUGCGCCUGCUCAAAAUGCAGAGCUUAUAUUGGUCCACACUCGAAGAUUGAUAUGAAUACAAGAACGUGGACAUGUGCUUUUUGCAAAACGUCGAAUAAUUUACCAAUUGAAAAUAUGCAAAUUUUAGACAAUUGCGAAUUACCAACUCAAACGAUUACCCCACCUAGAUCUAUGUAUAUAAUUGAUUGCUCGUCUUCUGCUUUAAACGGACUUAUCCAAACAAUAAUUCCUGAAUUAGAGGCUAGAUUAAAAGGGAAAUGCAAGAAUGUAUGUGUUGCUCUGCUCGCAGAGGGCUUGCACGUAAUUGGACCAAAUGGUGGAAUCACAUCUUAUCCAGAUUUAGAAGAAAUCGAAAUUCCUCCAAAAUACUUUCACGAAGAGUUUCCAUCAUUAGAACCAUUUAAUAAUUUACAGACAGAUAAACGUGGUCCAUUUAUUAUGUCCGCUUUAAAUGUUGCAAUUAACAGUGUUGGAAAUAAUGGUCGAGUUUUUGUAGCCACUUCAUUCAGAACUGCUGAGAAAGACUGUUUUAAUACAGUUAACGUUAAUGCAGAAGGAGCAGCGAUUCGUGGAGUAAAUUACGAAGUAAUUCAAGAAUUAAUACAUAAAUUUAGACAAAAUCUCGUUACCCUCAACAUGCUAAUUGCACCAGGAAAUACCACGCUCAUUGAUUGUGCUACAUUUGCUCGCUUUUGCGUUGAAACUGGCGGUCGAUGCGAAUAUCUGACAAAACCUGGAUUUUAUUCGUUCAGCGAAGCUCUAGAUAGAUUGUUACAACCUAAAAUCGUCGGAAGUUUCAGUAUUUCUUGUAUAGAUACAAUUCUUCCUUCGAUUGGAAUUUCUCAACACUCUCCAUCAGGAUUUAUGGUCACAAAAGGUGAAUCACUUGUAUUUCCAUUCGGUUUAGACCCAAAUAAUCCAUCUGGAGAGAUAAAUUCCCAGUUAUCUGUGACUGAAUACGAUAUUGACGGCCAAGUUAGGAAAUUUGUAUACAACAAGACAAUUAGAACCACAGAUGUUCUUACAGAUAUAUUUAAAGAGAUAGAUCAAGACGUAAUUUUGAAAUAUAUCUCAAAUACUUUAAUUUAUUUGUUCAAAAUCGGCCAUGAGUUCAGUUCCCUUAAAGGAUCGUGUCUGGUGUUACUAAAACCCAUGUUUAUGUCAUAUAGAAUCCACGUCAGUCGCAGUCCAAACAGAUUUUCUUCAAUUGUCCUUCCGAAAUCAUUGAAUACUAUUUUAAUUAAGUGUUUGGGCAUCCUUAAAUCAACUGCUCUCGCUCAGUCCAUCUCUUAUGAUGAAAGAGCCAUUCAAAUGAUGCAAAUGAGCCAAAUGACACCAAAUCAACUAGCUUUAGCUGCUUGUCCUGUACUUACUGAUGUCACGGAGUUCGUAGCUAACGGAGGAGAUAUCAUUCGUCUACCUUUGACUGAAUCUUCCCUCAGACCAGGAAAAAUUUUGAUUUUGGACAAUGGAUUUUAUACUCAUUUAUGGCUUGGCAAUGAGUUAAAUAAAGAAUUGGUUCAGGCAACAUUCAUGAAACCUGCUCAAUCCCUUGUUGACGAACUUAUUCCGUUCCAAACAGAUCAAUCAAGGAGACUUUUCUAUCUUUUACGCGGAAACUUCAGGAUGUCGAAGCAAGAUGCACAAUCAGACUACUUGUUCAGACAAAGAAUGAUAGAAGACGACAAUAAUAAAUUACCAUCGUAUUCCGCUUUCACGGGAGAGCUCCACAGCAUAACAUUACCACAAAGAAAAGAAGAUAAGAUUACUACCAAGUUAUGGGACUUCGCAGUUUCUAUUUUUACAACAAAUGAUUAA